UGAUGAUUAAAAUCAGUGGAUUAAGAUGAUGAAGGAUAACAACGUUUUCUGCCAAAAGAUAACCCAACAGUUAGAAGUGGAUAGAAGCCAAUACAUGGGCGAAGGGAAAGAAAACAACGUCAUCGAUUAUCUUUUUCUCCAAUCAUGGUUAUUAUUUAUCGUCAAUUCUGAUCAUUUAUUGUCUAAUUUUGUUCCCUGUUUGUGUGUCACCUCGUUCUGCUUUGGUAAGGAGACUCUUGUUCGCUGGACAAUAUGAAGACUUUGUUCAUUUAUCUUUUCUUUCUCAUUUUGGCUUCACUUAUAAGAUCAGGUGAUUUUCAUGGUUGCAGAAUUAUGGUUGACAAUUGUGAUGAAGAUUGUCAUGAUAUAUGUAAGGAUACCUGUUCCAAAAAUUUUGGUGUUUGUGCGGAAGAGGAAAGGAUAAGUUAUUGUUAUUGUUUUGAGACUAAACCGAAAGAAGAAUGGAUUGAUGAAUGGUCAGCAUCAUUCUCACCUUCAUCUUCAUCAUCUUCAUCAUCUCCAUCACCACCAUCACAUUCUCAUUCAUCCAGUGAUAAUCAUCACUCAUCUAAUCAUCAUCAUUCUCGUUCUGGAAAGAAUGAUUUAUGACAAUCAACGGAUUAAAUGUCAUGAAGAGUUUAUUAAAACUCUUUUUUCAACCAUAUUGUUGAUAAUUGUCUUAAAAGUUGAUUGCUGGUUGGUAAAUUGUUCAAUUGCAAACAGAGUAAUCAUAAAAUGCAACAACCAUUUGUCAAUCAUAUACAACAACAAUUAAGUAAAUAUAAUUUUAAUUUUUU